AUGGAAAGCAACGAGAACAAACAAACCGCCUCACUCAAAGAACUGAAGAGAUGCUCGAAAAGUUUUGAAGCAAUGCAACAAGCGUUUGUGUUGGCUUUGUUGAACAUCAACGGUGUUGGGUUCAAGGUCAAAAGACCGGAACGACGAUCUCAGAAAACACUCCAACUUUUUCUCAUUGAAGAACUCAAGACGCCUAUGGACGGCGCGAUUCCCUUCGAAAAAGAAUUGGACGCUUUUUGCUCGUCGUUUGUCGUCAAGGAACUUAAAGAGUCAAACUAUACACACCUCACACCAUCCGACGUCGAUUCAAUUGCGUCUAUUACCAGAGCCGCCGUUGAUGGUAUCUCACUGGAAAGGCUGAAGCAAAUAAAACGACACAGAGACGCCAACAAAACUGCGACCUCGUUCAACUGGAUAAUGGAAAGGUGUGAACAACUGGGAUACGAGUUCAAAAAGAGAUCAACUAAACCAGCAAAAUAUACAAAGAAAAUGAACAAAAUAUGUGCGGUGGGUGGGAAAACAACGAUGACGCUUGUCGAAAUUUCUGAGAUCGGAAAAAGAAUCAACGAACUUGUCUAUCAACGAUUUGAUAAAGCGAGUGCUGUUGUGGAAGUCAAAGGAAACGAUGAAGACGUAUCGAAGAUUGUCAAGGAAGUCUGUGACAAACUUGUGAAUCGAGGGAGCGUUGCCACCGAUAACAAUUAUAUAAUUAACGAUUUGUCCAUUAACGAAAAUUCAAACGAACACAAAAGCGAAGUGGCUGCCCCAGCACUACCAGUUGGGGUUGAAAUGUUUCAAAAAGUCGACGACAUGAAGAUCGAGGUCAUCAGUCCACACAACGAACUGGAGAAAGACCAAAAAGGCGUCAAACCCACCAAAAACGAUCAACCGUUUCCGUCGGGCGAUAUUGGAACGUUGUUCCCAUCAGGCGUUUAUACAGACGCUUUUCUGACUCCAAAAAGCUCCGUCCCAGAACAAAAAGAGCAAAACUUGGUUGAACAGAAUGUUUUACAUCAAUGUUUUACACCAAACUAUGUUAUAGUUCCACAAGAAGAUGAAAACAAUCAAAUUUCUCCCGCAAACCGUUUACGAAACGUUUGUCCAACAACCAACUUGUUGUGGCGAGAACAAACAGCCGUUUUUCAUGAAAGACAGUAG